AUGGCCUCCCCAAUCCCAACCACCUUCGCCACAGACUCCACUCCCCAAGAAUCAUUCGCUGCACACUACGACCUCGACAACCCCAUGGAAUCCGUCAACUCAUACUCACGACUGAUGCACCAACACACCAAACGCCAAAUGGACCUCGCCACCCGCUCCAGCCGCCGCGCUCCCGCCGACCAAGGCGUCAGCAGCAUGGGCUGCACCGAUAGCGUGGACAACCUGCAGCAAUGA